GGAAGGCGGGGCUUGCGUUCGCUCGCCGCUCGAGGCGCGACGCGCUGCAGCUCAACGUCGCGGUUUCCCCCCGAGGCUUCCGAGCUAAGCCUUUGGUCGGAUCGAAUUGGCUGUACGGCCGUCACCCGCACCGCGGCCCAUUUGCGGUCGGAGGAAUCGGGCCCUAGCCGGCCGCCGUAGCCACCUCUCUGUAGUGGGCGGGGUCAAGGCCGGGUGACCCCCGCCGGAGCCGCCGCUGCCAGCGACAUGUUCAAGGUAAUUCAGAGGUCUGUGGGGCCGGCCAGCCUGAGCCUGCUCACCUUCAAAGUCUAUGCAUCAGCAAAAAAGGACUCAUCUCACAAAGCUGCUGUGAAGGUUAAUGAGCUUUCACUCUACUCUGUUCCUGAGGGUCAGUCUAAAUAUGUGGAAGAGCCAAGGACCCAACUUGAAGAAAGCAUCUCCCAUCUCCGACAUUAUUGCGAACCAUAUACAAGUUGGUGUCAGGAAAUGUACUCCCAAACUAAGCCCAAGAUGCAAAGUUUGGUUCAGUGGGGGUUAGACAGCUAUGAAUAUCUCCAAAAUGCACCUCCUGGAUUUUUUCCAAGACUUGGUGUUAUUGGUUUUGCUGGAGUUGUUGGACUCCUUUUGGCUAGAGGUUCAAAAAUAAAGAAGCUGGUGUAUCCACCUGGUUUCAUGGGAUUAGCUGCCUCUCUUUAUUAUCCACAACAAGCCAUCGUAUUUGUCCAGGUCAGUGGGGAGAAAUUAUAUGACUGGGGUUUACGAGGAUACAUAGUCGUUGAAGAUUUGUGGAAGGAGAAUAUUCAAAAGUCGGAAAAUGUGAAGAAUUCACCCGGAAAUAAGUAGAAUACUCCAUGCUCUGCCCAUUUUAGUCAGUUAUAGGUAAACAUUGGAAACUCCAUAUGGUAAACCAGUAUUUCUACAGAAAAAUGGCAGAGAAGUUAGUAUUGAAUGUAGUAAAUUGGCAUUCUUCUUCAGGAGAAACUAUACUAGGCCUCUUUGUUAUCUUGGGUGAUGCCAUACUCCAAGUGGACUAAUCUGAAGUUCUUUCACCUAGAGAUAAUGUAUAAGCCUUAGAACUCCUCGUUCUCAUGUUGCUAUUUAUGUACAUAAUUAAAAUUCUAA